GGUGUGAUUUGUUUCUAUUAUUGAGAUAUUACAGUUAAUUGGCUUUUUAAUAUUUCCAAGUUUCUCUUUUUGGGUUUGGUAGAUUAUUGGAUUAGAUUGAAUGGAACAAAGGUUUUGUGCACUUUUAUAUAUAUAUAUAUAUAUAUAUAUAUAUAUAUAUAUAUAUAUAUAUAAUAUAAAUCUAGGGAGAUACUUUGCUUUGUUGUAAUCUGUUCAUUUGGUUUUCUUUGUUGAUCAAUUUCAUGGGUAUUUGGAUUUGAUGGGUCAUCACCUAUACGUGGGAUCAAGAAUCUAUCUUUAUUAAUUAUUAUUAAUCUGCACAGGGAAAAGUUGCAAUUUUUCCCUUGUUCAUGGUUGGAUUUCUAGAAUACUGUGUGCUAGUACUUCAGUUAAAUUUCACUGGAAAUGCUUAGAAUCAUCUGUUCAUCUGUUUAUGCGCAUAUAAUUGUGUUGCUGCUAUUUCUGGUGGUAAAUUGAUUCUACACGUCGCCUUUGCUAUCUGAAUUUGACCGAGUGGUUCUGAUUGCAUUAGUUAAUUUCACGAUUCAUUGCAAAUAAAAGAAAGAUCUUUAUUUGAAGUUUGUGUUCGAUUUAGUUUAACCCAGUUUCAAGAGAAAUUUUCCCAUUGACAACCUGUUUGUGCCUUUUCAAGAGCUUUACUUCCUCACUCUUUUUUUUUUUUUUUGGUAAUUUAUUUAAGCAGUGGAAGAAGGUUUCCGGCCAAUAUCUGAGAUCUAGAAGGCCUGGACUAGAAAGUAGUUGUGCACUAGCUCUUUCUCUCGACCAAAUAUUGUUGCUUGCAUCGUGUUUAACCAAAAUAGGAUGGCAUUAGUCAAUUCAUCAUAUGCAUCUCUAGAUUCAUCGCUAGAUUCGCUCAACCUAUAUACGUAACCGUGUUAGAUAUUGUUCUUCAUUUAUCAUGAACUUUUAGCCAUUGGGUAGUGGGCCAAACAAUGAUUAUUAGGCUUCCACAUUUUUUAAGUUAAAUAGUGUGCUUAUCAUCUAAUGCCAUUUACUGAUGUGACAGCUAUGCAUGUGAGGGAACCUGAUGAUAAUACAUGUCUUGUUCUACUGUAUCCGUGUUAUCUAUGCCAUAACUUUAUCUUAAUACUCUAGUAUGCGACAAACUGUGCUCCGUGUAUGCUACAUUUCCUAUUACAUAUAGAAAUGCAUUGUACUGUCAUGACUUUUAGGAAAUGAAGGAAAAUGUUGUGUGACACUAUUGCGUAAUCUGAUCCUUAGAAGGCACAUGUUGGUGUAGUUAAAAAGUUGCAUGAAUGUAAACAGCAGCGCUUUCAUAUGCGCUUUCUAUAGUAGUUGUCAAAUUGAGAAUUGCAUUGUGAGUUGUUGUCUUUGGUAAGCUGUUGUUUUAGACUAGUUGCGUGUUCUUCCUCGUUGGGAGGAGUUAUCUUCUAUUUAUGCUUGUGUGUUCCUUUGUUUUUUUGCUUGUGCUGCAUUGCACUUCUUUUCUUUUCGGUUGGAAUAAAAUGGCGUGCUUACCCAAAGAAGAUGCAUUUGAUUGAAUUCUUUAUGUGCCUGCAUUGUUUUGGAAGAGAAACUUCACUUCGAUUUUUCUCCUUCUGAUCCCCUGAUGGCCUUGACUAAUAUUCUUGAUAUAGACCCACCAACAUGAUUACUAUUAUGACGGCUGAUGCCAAGUAUGAAACUGUUAUGGUAUAGAGAUAAUGAACUAAUUUGACAAAAGUCACCAAAGCAAUAGCAGGGCUAGACUUUGCGACUUAGCCAAGGAAUGGGAACAAAAGUGCACUGCGAAAGCUACCUGCCUGGAUAUUAUUUCUCCAUGAGGGAUCUCAAUGAAGAUUCUAGUAGUAACUGGCCCCUAUUUUAUCAAGAUAAGACUUUAGUAAAUGGGCAAUAUUGCAACAACUACUUGCCCAGGACUGUCGGAAAUGCAUAUCCAGGGGACCAUAAGGAUGCCUUAAAGCAGACGAUGCUCGAGCACGAAGCCGUAUUCAAGCAUCAGGUGUUUGAACUCCACCGCCUUUACAUAAGACAGAGGGACAUGAUGGAUGAAAUUACAAGAAAGGAACUACAGAAGCAUCGGAUAUCAAUGGAGACAUCAUCGUCAUCAAGUCCAUUGGUGUCUCAAAUACCGUAUGAAGAUGCUUGGAGAUGGCAUAAACCCAGCAUCCCCUUAGCGAAUGCUGGUUCCGCUAGACCAUCUGUUUCUGUUGCUGAAAACAUUAGUUCUCCCCUGAGUUGCACAAAAGCAAACAGCACACUAGCUGGUCGGACUCCGUCCCAAACUGGGUGCAGUUCAAAGGAUUGCGAGAUAUUGGAGGUCAGACCCUCCAAGGUUAGGAAAAAGUUGUUUGAUCUUCAACUCCCGGGUGACGUGUAUAUUGAUACAGAAGAAGAGAAACAGUCCCCGGAAUAUAAGAUAUCUGACAUAUCAGGAAAUCCUCGAGGCAAUAUUCAUAAGAUUCCUUCUGAGAGCAGUGUAAAGUCAAAUUUUGGAAGUAGUGCGAAGAUCGAUGGUGAUGGAGAUGCUUCAAGAUUUGGUUCCUGUUCAAGGAACUCUUUUGGUUUGGCUGACUUGAACGAACCAGUUCUGGCUGAAGAAGCAACUGUUCCUACAUCUGUUGAUUUUAUAGGCUGCACUGCCCGUCAUACGGAGAUUAAAGAUGUGGAUUUAGAUGCUAAACCAAAGUCUCAGUUUCUUCUAGAUUUGUCAAACAAAUUCUUGCAGACCUCCCAACAUGGAAUCAACACCGGGACUCCUGGUAAUCCACAAGUUGAGAAUAAAAGAAUCACGAGAGAGAGGUCGCCCUACAUGUCUGAAACAGGACACAGUAAAACUCAUCUGAAUACUUUUCCCCAAGGUCUCCAACCGGAUAAGUUGCUUGUGUCUCCCCAACGGGCACGUGCUACACUAAACGAAGUUCAGCGGCCUAUGGAGAUGCUCCCAUCUGAUUAUAGCAGGGGAGGUCUGUGGAGAGAGAGCAGAGUUCACAGUUUGGAAUUCUCCGAAAGAAGUGAUUUCUGUAGUUCUAACCAUCUGGAACCAGAUGUGGCUUCCCGUUUUCCCAGUCCCUACCCAUUGGUUCAUGCUUCUGAUUCGAACAACAAUUUUUCCCACUCCAUCUCAACCUGGGGAAAGCGGGAUAUUAGCUUGACUCAGAAACUGACAUCAAGUCAAACACUCCCACAUUUAGAUCCGUUGGGUGCCAUAAGUAGGAGUUCUCAAGCAUCUGCUCAGAGCCACGAGACUUUUAUAGAGACAUGGCAUCUGAAUAGAAGUUCUGGGUCAAAACCCAUUUAUGGCAGUGGACUAACAAACUGUAAUGGGUUUUACCACGGGUCAUCAUCCUGGUCCAAGGACUUUUCGUCUCGUUUCUCUUCAGCUGGUUUUGAUUAUUCGAACGGCAAUAAGGAUGAUAAACUAGCUUCUGAACGUUCUAUCAAUUACGGUGCCAAAAGCUACUUAAAGGGCUAUAAUGAUGUAGAUAUGAAGCCGGUAAAAGACUUGAACUUGAAUGCAUGUUCAUCCAUUCUUGAAGACAGGAAGUAUGAGGGCAAUCUGGAUGUUUUGCCUUGGCUUAAAGCGAAGCCUGCUAAGGAGUGCACCAGUUCAAGGUGGGAUUCAAAUUCCUCGGGACUCAGUUUCUUACAAGCUGAUUCCAACCAAUUUUCCAACAGAAGUGAAAAUGGGAAAGGUACCUCUCAACUUUGUACACAGAAAAUUACUUUACCUUCAUGUGACUCUGAGGUCGGAGCCAAGAGGAAUGAGGUAGGUGGCUACCGGGUUACGGCAAAGAUUCUUGGAUUUCCCAUUCUGGACAAUUCUUAUACCCCUAAGAAAGACUCUUCGUCUGUUGGCUCCACUACUGCAUCCCUUCAAUGCCCUCCUCAAUAUGAAGACGUGAAAAAUGGAUGCAAAAAUGGAGGAAUUGACAUAAACGUGGCUUGUGAUCCUGAAUCUGGAGCACAAAUUGCUGCUGAAGUACUUGUUAUAGAGGAAGGAAGGGAUGAAAAGGUCGCCAAUUUUAGAACUCACAUUGAUUUGAACUCUUGUGCGAGUGAGGAUGAAGUAACAUUAGCACCCUCUUUUGAAAGCAGCACCAGUGUUAAAGUCAAGAUUGCAGUGGAUAUAAAUCUUGAAGCCAGCCCGGUUCCAGAGUCUGACGAAGACAUUCUGCCGCAAUACAACAUUGAGAAGCCUCAUGAAGGUUCUGUCAGAAUCGCAGCCGAGGCAUUAGUUGCUAUUUCUUCCUCCUGUCAUCUUGAUCGUGUGGAGGAGGAGACUGCCACUUGCCUAUCUGAAGCUCCUACGGCGGAUUACCUCCUUCAGUUUGUGGAGGUGGUUUGUUCUUACGUAGAUGAUCUUGAAAGCAAGUUUGGCUCCAAAUCAAGAGGUGGAGACGAUGAGUUGUGUGACGAGUUUGAUUACUUUGAGGCCAUGACGUUGAAUCUGACAGAGAUGAGGGAAGAAGAGUAUAUGCCUAAGCCUUUGGUUGUUGAAACCCAACAAGUGGAAGAAAACGAAAGUGUUUCACCACCAAAUCGACCACGAAGGGGUCAGGCAAGGAGGGGGAGGCAGCGGAGGGACUUCCAAAGGGACAUUCUUCCGGGUUUGGCUUCUUUGUCGAGGCAUGAGGUAACCGAGGAUCUUCAGACGUACGGUGGAUUGAUGAGAGCAAUGGGGCAUUCUUGGAAUUCAGGGUUGACCAGAAGGAACGGCACCAGAAAUGGCGGUGCCGCCAGGGGAAGGCGUCGUUCUGUGGUUGACACCACCCCAGCUGUGGCAGAAAUUACGGUUUGCGCCACCCCACUGAUGCAGCAGCUGACUAGCUUUGAAGUUGGACUGGUGGAUAGAAGUAUAACUGGGUGGGGCAACACCCCUCGGCGGCCCCGCCGCCAGCGAUGCAUACCGGCUGGUAAUCCGCCGCCGGUUGCUUUAGCCUAAUUAUGGGAUUAGGAUUUGGUUAAUACGUUGAGGAUUUCAUAUAUAGAGAUAAGUAGGAAAGUGGGAAGCUGGUUUUGUGGCUUCUGAAGUGAGUUUGUUGUUAGUUAUCAUGGGAUUUGUCCUUGUACCUCUUCUUUAUGGGCCUUAAUUUGGGUCCCUCUUUAUUUUUCUAUUAUUGGGUUACAGACAUUGUACUUGAUAAAGAGAUGUUGCAUGAUUUCUUCUGGGUUAUAUAUAGAAAAUAAUCCUACUA